CACAACUCCAUGCUGCGUGCUGCAGGCUGGUCUUGAACCUUGAGCUCUGGCUGAGAGGAUGGGGGUAGAGGGGGAAACAGCAGUCCUGAAGCACAUGCUUAUUGGUGUCCACCUGAUCCUUCUGGGCUCCAUACUCAAGCCCUCAGAGUGUCAACUAGAGGUCACCACAGAAAGAGUCCAGAGAAGACCAGGGGAGGAGGAAGGAGGUGCCUCCAGCUACAACACAUCCAGCAGAGAGCAGCCCAUGGUCUUCAACCAUGUGUACAACAUUAAUGUGCCUCCAGACAGCCUCUGCUCCUCGGGGCUGGAAGCCUCAGCUGAGCAGGAGGUGAGUGCUGAAGACGAGGCCCUGGCAGAGUACACAGGCCAAACCUCGGACCACGAGAGCCAGGUCACCUUUACUCACAGGAUCAACCUCCCCAAAAAGGCCUGCCCAUGCUCUAGCUCAGCCCAGGUGCUGCAGGAGCUGCUGAGCCGCAUCGAGAUGUUGGAGAGGGAGGUGUCAGUGCUGCGGGACCAGUGCAACGCCAACUGCUGCCAAGAGAGCGCCGCCACAGGACAAUUGGACUAUAUCCCUCACUGCAGUGGCCACGGCAACUUUAGCCUCGAGUCUUGCGGGUGCAUCUGCAAUGAAGGCUGGUUUGGCAAGAACUGCUCCGAGCCCUACUGCCCCCUGGGUUGCUCCAGCCGCGGUGUGUGUGUGGAUGGCCAGUGCGUCUGUGACAGUGAAUACAGCGGAGACGACUGUUCUGAGCUCCGGUGCCCGACAGACUGCAGCUCCCGGGGGCUCUGCGUGGACGGCGAGUGUGUCUGUGAAGAGCCCUACACGGGCGAGGAUUGUGGGGAGCUGAGGUGCCCCGGGGACUGUUCAGGGAAGGGGAGAUGCGCCAACGGCACCUGUCUGUGUCAGGAGGGCUACGUUGGCGACGACUGUGGCCAGCGCCGGUGUCUGAACGCCUGCAGCGGGCGAGGGCACUGCCAGGAGGGGCUCUGCGUCUGUGAGGACGGCUACCAGGGCCCCGACUGCUCGGCAGUUGCCCCUCCAGAGGACUUGCGAGUGGCUGGUAUCAGCGACAGGUCCAUUGAGCUGGAAUGGGACGGGCCGAUGGCAGUGACGGAAUAUGUGAUCUCUUACCAGCCGACGGCCCUGGGGGGCCUCCAGCUCCAGCAGAGGGUGCCUGGAGAUUGGAGUGGUGUCACCAUUACGGAGCUGGAGCCAGGUCUCACCUACAACAUCAGCGUCUACGCUGUCAUUAGCAACAUCCUCAGCCUUCCCAUCACUGCCAAGGUGGCCACCCAUCUGUCCACUCCUCGAGGGCUGCGAUUCAAGACAAUCACAGAGACUACCGUGGAGGUUCAAUGGGAGCCCUUCUCAUUCUCCUUUGAUGGGUGGGAGAUCAGCUUCAUACCUAAGAACAAUGAAGGAGGAGUGAUCGCUCAGGUACCCAGUGAUGUUACCUCCUUUAACCAGACAGGACUAAAGCCUGGCGAGGAAUACAUUGUUAACGUGGUGGCUCUGAAAGAACAAGCUCGGAGUCCCCCUACCUCAGCCAGCGUUUCCACUGUCAUUGACGGGCCCACGCAGAUCCUGGUUCGAGAUGUCUCCGACACCGUGGCCUUUGUGGAGUGGAGCCCACCUCGGGCCAAAGUUGAUUUCAUUCUCCUGAAAUAUGGCUUAGUGGGUGGGGAAGGUGGGAAGACAACCUUCCGCCUGCAGCCUCCCCUGAGCCAAUACUCCGUGCAGGCCCUGAGGCCUGGCUCCCGCUACGAGGUGUCGGUCAGUGCAGUGCGAGGGACCAAUGAGAGUGAUUCCACCACCACUCAGUUUACAACAGAGAUUGAUGCCCCUAAGAACUUGCGAGUUGGCUCACGAACAGCAACCAGCCUUGACCUCGAGUGGGACAACAGCGAGGCAGAGGCUCAGGAGUACAAGGUUGUUUACAGCACCCUGGCAGGCGAGCAGUACCACGAGGUGCUGGUCCCCAAGAGCUUUGGUCCAACUACCAGGGCCACCCUCACAGAUCUGGUACCCGGCACCGAGUAUGGAGUUGGAAUAUCUGCCAUCAUGAACUCACAGCAAAGUGUGCCAGCCACCAUGAAUGCCAGGACUGAACUUGACAGUCCCCGAGACCUCAUGGUGACAGCCUCCUCAGAGACCUCUAUUUCCCUCAUCUGGACCAAGGCCAGUGGCCCCAUUGACCACUACCGGAUUACCUUUACCCCAUCCUCUGGGGUUGCCUCUGAAGUCACUGUGCCCAGGGACAGAACCUCGUACACGCUGACAGAUCUAGAGCCUGGGGCAGAGUAUAUAAUUUCCAUCACCGCUGAGAGGGGUCGGCAGCAGAGCCUGGAGUCCACUGUGGACGCCUUCACAGGCUUCCGCCCCAUCUCUCAUUUGCACUUUUCUCACGUGACCUCCUCCAGUGUGAAUAUCACCUGGAGUGACCCAUCCCCCCCGGCAGACCGACUCAUUCUGAACUACAGCCCCCGGGAUGAAGAGGAAGAGAUGAUGGAGGUCUCCCUGGAUGCCACAAAGAGACACGCUGUCCUCAUGGGCCUACAGCCAGCCACUGAGUAUAUUGUGAACCUGGUGGCUGUCCAUGGCACAGUGACCUCUGAGCCCAUUGUGGGCUCCAUCACCACAGGAAUCGACCCCCCCAAAGACAUCACAAUUAGCAACGUGACCAAGGACUCAGUGUUGGUCUCCUGGAGCCCCCCGGUUGCAUCUUUUGAUUACUACCGAGUAUCAUAUCGACCCACUCAAGUGGGACGGCUGGACAGCUCAGUGGUGCCCAACACUGUGACAGAAUUCACCAUCACCAAGCUAUAUCCAGCUACUGAAUAUGAAAUCAGCCUCAACAGUGUGCGGGGCAGGGAGGAGAGCGAGCGCAUCUGCACUCUCGUGCACACAGCCAUGGACAACCCCGUGGAUCUGACUGCUACCAACAUUACUCCAACAGAAGCUCUACUGCAGUGGAAAGCACCAGUAGGUGAAGUGGAGAACUAUGUCAUUGUUCUCACACACUUUGCAGUUGCAGGAGAGACCAUUUUGGUGGACGGGGUCAGUGAGGAAUUCCAGCUCAUUGACCUACUUCCUAGUACCCACUAUACUGUCACCAUGUAUGCCACCAGUGGGCCUCUCACCAGUGGCACCAUCAGUACCAACUUCACUACCCUCCUGGACCCUCCUGCAAACCUGACAGCCAGUGAAAUCACAAGGCAAAGUGCCCUGAUUUCCUGGCAGCCUCCCAGGGCAGAGAUUGAGAACUACGUCUUGACCUACAAAUCUGCCGAUGGAAGCCGCAAGGAGCUGAUUGUGGAUGCGGAGGACACCUGGAUCCGAUUGGAGGGCCUGUCGGAGAUCACGGACUACACGGUGCUGCUACAGGCAGCCCAGGAUACUGCAAGGAGCAGCAUCACCUCUACCGCCUUCACCACAGGGGGCCGGGUGUUCCCUCAUCCUCAAGACUGUGCCCAGCAUUUGAUGAAUGGAGACACUCUGAGUGGAGUUUACACCAUCUUCCUCAAUGGGGAGCUCAGCCGGAAGUUACAAGUAUACUGUGACAUGACCACCGACGGGGGUGGCUGGAUCGUAUUCCAGAGGCGGCAGAAUGGCCAAACCGAUUUUUUCCGGAAAUGGGCUGAGUACCGUGUUGGCUUCGGGAACCUGGAGGACGAGUUCUGGCUGGGACUGGACAACAUUCAUAGGAUCACCGCCCAGGGCCGCUACGAGCUACGAGUGGAUAUGCGCGAUGGUCAGGAGGCUGCCUUUGCCUCCUAUGACAAGUUCUCCGUCGAGGACAGUCGAAGCCUGUACAAACUCCGCCUAGGAGCCUACAACGGCACUGCGGGGGAUUCCCUCAGCUAUCAUCAGGGACGUCCUUUCUCCACGGAGGACAGAGACAAUGACGUUGCAGUCACCAAUUGCGCCAUGUCAUACAAGGGAGCAUGGUGGUAUAAGAACUGCCACCGGACCAACCUCAAUGGAAAAUAUGGGGAGUCCAGGCACAGUCAGGGCAUCAACUGGUACCACUGGAAAGGCCACGAGUUCUCCAUCCCCUUUGUGGAAAUGAAGAUGCGCCCCUACAACCACCGUCUCAUGGCGGGGAGAAAACGGCGGUCCUUACGGUUCUGAGCAGUCAACAGCAGCCAGCCAACUGAUCUUUUCUGUCAUUUGUUUGUAUUUUAUAAUAUGAAACAAGGGGGAGGGCAAUAGUAAUGUGCUUUGCAACAUAUUAAGAAUAUUGAAGGAAGCAGGGAUGUGGCAGGAACCGGUGACUACCAUCUGCUCAUGGUGUCUGCUGCCCUGGAGCCAGACCUCAGCCUCCAUUCUCCCUCCCAUCCAGUCAUCCUUAAUCUUCCCCUCCUUUCCCACCAAGGAGGAAGAGUGUGACAUUUUCUUAAAAGAACCAUUCCAAGGCAAAUGAUGGCACAGAUUGUUUUGUUGACAGGCACACACUUUCUUUUUCUGUCUCCUUUCUGAGAUGCCCUUCACCUGCCAGGUAUUAGUGAGCUAGUCACCAUGGCCAGGUCUCAUACCAGCCCCGAGAAGAUGCCUCUGCAAGAGAGCUUUGCCAACACUCCCUGUAAGAGGAAACAGAUCAACCGUACACAAGUCCUUUUAAUGAGCCAAGGAGUCUUAUCUUCUGACAUUCUUACACUCACCAGCCAAGUAUGCUCUGUUACAUUUUAAGAAUAGCAGCCUCCUUUCCAGACCUGAUAGAUUUUUGCUUAAUUACAUUCUACCUUAGAUUCUACAGUCCCACAAACCUAACCACUGUUUUGGAAUCUAAUUCCCAAGGGGUUGCCUGCUCCUGGUUCUAGGAUUAGAAAAUGGUGGUGUCUCUGAGUCCCCUGCCCUUGGGUCAGUCAGACAAUAAUUUUCUUUGGGGGGUUGGGGAGAAGUUGAUUUUUGUUUUUAACACUUUAGAGUCAGGCGUUGAGGAAAGGGCAGAAGAGGCAGAACUCAGGGUACCUGCCACAGAGAUUAUAAGUCCCAUGGGAAACACAGGUCUUCCCUAGCUUUGUUUUCUCUAUUUCUUGCUCAAUUUGUUUUCUGAUUUGCAAACUAAAGGCCUUCUUUCUGUUUUCAGCAAGGCUGUCCUCAGUAUAGGGGGCUUAGUAAGAAUCAGAAAAAAUAACAUUAUGUGACCAGCCAUCCAUGGCUCUGAAUGAUAGUCCUAGGGACAAGUGGCAUUUUUGUUUUUGAGAUUUUUUUUUCUUUUUUGGUUCUGUGGAAAGCAGAAGUGACCCUUUUAAUGAGGUGAGAUCCUGAGAAACCUUUCUCCAUCUUCUUUUAUUAUUCUGCCUUUGAGAGGGAAAAUGAAAAGUACCAGAGGAAAUUGCAUCUAGAAAUCCAAAGGUGAAUAGGGGAGGACUGUCAGCCUACCUCUCAUUUUAUAAGACGUGCUAUCUUCACUAGCAUGAUUUUAUUUUUUAAGCCCAAGAGAGCAAGGGACUCAAGAAGCCAUGCCUUUCAACCUCUCCUCCAAAUCAGAUGUCAGCUGCAACCCUCCCUGCCACAGCUGCCCAAAUUUGUGUCCAGUUCCCCCAGCAAUUCUCAAUCCCUUUCCUUGCUCCAUCCUCAAGGCCCUGUUCUGUUUUCUGUAAUGUCUACGCUGGUCAAACUGGGGCAGCUUAUACUUUUGCCAACCAGUUACUGGAUGGGUCUAGGAGUUAACAAUUUCCACACUAUAACCGAGCUUCAGUACACAGGAAGGGACAGUGCCUUGGGCUGAGGCUCACACUCUACUAUUAGAGGAUGGAGUCAACUUGCCAUGUGCUGUGAGCAUCAUUCCUUCAGCAGUUGUGGAGGCCCUGUCGUCUGCUGCAGUGUGGACAGGACUGACACACCCAGAGCUGAAAAGUAUAGGUGGUGUAUUCAUUUCUGAAUUCAUCAUGGACUUCCAAAAACUAGGAGAAGGAGGAAGACACAGAAUCAAAUCCUUCAGGAAGCCUCUAAAUUAAAUAAGAUUUAGCUAGAGAGUGUGACAAUGAGUAGGAGGAAACACACUGAAUGAGAACCUUUGGUAUAGCCCCACCUCCACCAUUUUGAUGGGCAUCUAACACCAGGUAGGCUGUUUCUCCUCUCCAGGCCUCACUUCCCUUAUUUGUUGAAUGAGAGACUAGACUAGAAUGAUUUCUCAUUCCCCUUUCAGUUUUAACAGUCUGUAAGGCUAGUCUAUGAUUGGAAAGUCUGAAUAGAAAUUGGUGUUGGUGAGAAAACAUAAAGAAGUAAUGAAAAUUCCCCAGGAGCCCUGUUUUAUGAAAGAAAGAAAGAAAGAAAGAAAGAAAGAAAG